AUGGUCGACAUCGAAGUCAUCAAGACAACUUUUCAGGAUGCUGUUCCAGGCGUACCCUUCUUUGUUCGAGGCGACGUCGACUACAGUUCUAAGGUGGCGACAUGGAACACCCUCGCUCAGCCUCGCCCUCUUGCUGUUGCACAGCCAGCUAGCCCUACUGAGGUCAGUGCCGUAAUUGCAAUAGCAAACUCCCAUGCCAUCCCACACCUUGCCAUUCGAGGAGGCGGGCACUCAUUUGAAGCGCUCAGCCUCGGGGGUGUUGACGGUGCCCUGGUGAUCGAUGUGAUCAAUAUGAACAAGAUCCACUCGGAUCCUGAACAUAAUGAAAUCACAGCUGGCGGUGUCGGUAUCGGGGGCCAGAUCCAAUGCGGAGGGUAUGGUUUCUGCACUCGCACAUUCGGAACUCUGGUGGAUCGAGUGCUGUCUAUGGAAGUUGUUACCGCAGAUGGGGAAAUUCGAACGGUCAAUGAUAAGCAGAAUACGGUUGUGGGCACCUUUUUGAUUAGAUGGAGCCUGGACAAAGACGAUAUCCCAACGAUACUGAAACAGCUGCACAAUGCCUGUGUGAGCGGCUCGACAAAGCUGAACCCAAUGAUCAUCAUCUGGCUUGGUUGCCUAGAGGUAGCGGGGGUGAUUCUCGCCGACACUGAAGCCGAACGAGAGUCUAUUUGGAAUGAUCUCCGGAAGAACGUACCGAAAAGUCGCGAGGCGAAGAUCAAACCGAUGGACUUUAUUGACACCGUCUGGGGCAUUGGGCUCACUCAGACCUCUGCACCGUGGUGCGCGAGUAAUAGUGAGCUGAAACGUGAGGGAGAGGAGCAUCUGCGGUACAUGAAGAUCAAGGCAGGAUUUAUAUCCAAGUUGAUGGAUGAUAAGUUCUUGGAGCAGCUAGCAGCGUUGGCUGUCACACAACCCAGGUCCGGCGUCCGUGUGCAGCUACUCGGGCUCGACCCUGCCUGCAUGCCCGCACAGGAUACCACAUCUGUCAAGACUGGUGAAUAUGGCGGGGAUCGUGGUGUCACGGUAGAUGAAGGUGAGAAGCGCAGACCUUGGCUGACUACAGCAUAUGAACUGUUUUAUCCACUUACUGCUGGAGGAUACAUCGGCGACGACGAUAUCGAAGAGACUGUUAAUGGACGAGAUAUGAUGGAGAGUUACUACGGCCAGCACCUCGCGAGACUUCGUGAGGUCAAGUCCAAGUACGAUCCCAGGAAUAUCUUUCACCAUCCCUUGUCAAUUCCGCCCGGCGAGGCUUGA